AUGGAACCAGGAAACCCUUCGUCGCCGGAUCCCGAAUCGCCAACCUCUGCUUCCGUUGGUUUCAACACCGACCAGAUUCCUCACACCCACACGAGCCGUGCCUCCGAGGACGACGAGGCUUCCGUUGACCCCGACAUCAUACGAGAUGAUCUUGAAGAACAACCCGAGGAAGAAGAAGAUGGAGAGGAUCUUUACAAUGACAAUUUCAUGGAUGACUAUCGGAGAAUGGAUGAGGCUGACCAGUUCGAAUCGUUCGGGCUGGAUGACUCGAUGGAAGAUGACAGGGACUUUGAUCGGAUAAUGGAGGAUCGAAGGGCUGCGGAGAUUGAAAUCGACGCACGUGAGGGUCGCGUUACCAAUCGCAGCAAGCUUCCCCAGCUUCUUCACGACCAAGAUACAGAUGAUGACAGUCACAGGCCUUCUAAAAGGGCCCGACCUGAUUUCAGAGCUUCUUUACCAAGUGAUGAUGAUCUGCAAAGUUCACCUGGAAGGUCACAACGAGGGCACUCAAGAGAGGAUGUUCCUAUGACUGAUCAAACUGAGGAUGAUCGAGAUGAUGAUGAAUUUGAUGACGGAUAUGAGAUGUAUCACGUACAAGGAACACUUCGGGAGUGGGUUACAAGAGAUGAAGUGCGCCGCUUCAUAGCCAGGAAAUUCAAGGACUUCCUACUCACGUAUGUUAAUCCGAAAAAUGAACACCGAAACAAGGAAUAUGUUUGGCUGAUUAAUGAGAUGGUGUCAGCUAGUAAGUGCAGUUUGGAGAUAGAUUACAAACAAUUUAUCUAUGUUCAUCCCAACAUCGCCAUUUGGCUAGCUGAUGCGCCUCAGUCUGUCUUAGAAGUAAUGGAAGAUGUUACCAAAAGCGUUGUCUUUGAAUUACAUCCAAAUUACAGAAAUAUACAUCAAAAGAUUUAUGUACGCAUAACCAACUUGCCAGUUUAUGAUCAGAUUCGAAAUAUAAGGCAAAUCCACUUGAAUACAAUGAUCCGAAUUGGGGGAGUAGUAACUAGGCGCUCUGGAGUUUUCCCCCAGUUGCAGCAGGUGAAGUAUGAUUGUAACAAAUGUGGGGCAAUUUUGGGACCUUUUUUCCAGAAUUCUUAUUCAGAGGUGAAAGUUGGAUCCUGUCCUGAGUGCCAGUCAAAAGGACCAUUCACUGUCAACAUUGAACAGACAAUUUAUAGGAAUUUUCAGAAGCUUACCCUCCAAGAAAGUCCAGGAAUAGUUCCUGCAGGUCGACUCCCAAGAUACAAGGAAGUCAUUCUAUUGAAUGAUCUUAUUGACUGUGCUCGCCCUGGGGAAGAGAUUGAGGUCACUGGUGUUUAUACCAAUAAUUUUGAUUUAUCCCUAAACACAAAAAAUGGGUUUCCAGUGUUUGCCACUGUUGUUGAGGCAAAUUAUGUUACGAAAAAGCAAGACCUCUUCUCUGCCUACAAACUUACACAGGAAGACAUAGCGGAGAUUGAAAAUUUGGCCAAAGACCCUCGAAUAGGAGAAAGGCUUGUAAAGUCUAUUGCUCCAUCAAUCUAUGGUCACGAUGACAUAAAAACUGCAAUCGCUUUAGCUAUGUUUGGAGGCCAAGAGAAAAAUGUUGAAGGAAAGCAUCGACUGCGAGGAGAUAUAAAUGUUCUUCUUCUUGGUGAUCCGGGAACAGCAAAGUCUCAGUUUCUCAAGUACGUAGAAAAAACUGGACAGAGAGCCGUAUACACUACUGGCAAAGGGGCUUCUGCCGUGGGUCUCACAGCUGCAGUUCACAGGGAUCCAGUCACACGGGAAUGGACUCUUGAGGGAGGAGCCCUUGUUCUAGCCGACAAGGGAAUUUGUCUUAUUGAUGAGUUUGACAAGAUGAAUGACCAAGAUAGGGUGAGUAUCCACGAAGCCAUGGAGCAGCAGAGUAUAAGCAUAUCAAAAGCUGGAAUUGUUACAUCUCUUCAGGCACGCUGUUCUGUUAUUGCUGCUGCAAAUCCUAUUGGAGGAAGAUAUGAUUCCUCAAAAACAUUCUCUCAAAAUGUUGAAUUGACAGAUCCUAUUAUUUCUCGUUUUGAUGUCCUCUGCGUUGUUAAGGAUGUUGUUGAUCCUGUCACGGAUGAAAUGCUUGCAACUUUUGUCGUUGACAGUCACUUCAAGUCACAACCCAAGGGUGCUAACCAAGAUGAUAAGUCCUUUAGUGAGUCCCAAGAUGUCCAUGCAUCUGCCGUGCAAGAUGAUCCCGAGAUACUUCCGCAGGAUCUACUGAAGAAGUACAUUACAUAUGCCAAGUUGAAUAUUUUUCCAAGGUUACAAGAUGCCGAUAUGGAUAAACUGUCUCAUGUCUAUGCUGAAUUGCGGAGGGAAUCCUCACACGGACAAGGAGUCCCUAUUGCUGUAAGGCAUAUUGAAUCUAUGAUAAGGAUGUCUGAAGCUCAUGCGAGAAUGCAUCUCAGACAGCAUGUUACACAAGAGGAUGUGGACAUGGCAAUUCGUGUUCUACUUGAAUCAUUCAUUUCCACACAAAAGUUUGGGGUGCAGAAGGCUCUUCAAAAGAGCUUUCGAAAGUACAUGACUUUCAAGAAGGACUACAAUGAACUGCUCCUUUAUAUUCUCCGCGAGCUUGUAAAAAAUGCUCUGCAUUUCGAAGAAAUUGUCACCGGAUCUACUUCAGGUCUAACUUCUGUGGAUGUAAAAGUAGAUGAUCUGUACAACAAGGCUCAAGAGCAUGACAUUUAUGAUCUGAAACCAUUCUUUAAUAGCAGCCAGUUUACACGGGCCAAUUUUGUAUUGGAUGAAGAAACGAGAGUCAUCAGACAUCGUCUGGUUUGA